AUGGCAGGCCCCGGCCCGAAGCGGCGCGUGUCCGCGGCCCCCGCGGCGGCCGAGGAGGAGGAGCGGCAGGCGCGGGAGCAGAUGCUGGCGACGCGGCGCGCGGACGGCGGGGAGGGCGCGGAGGGCGCCGAGGGCGUGACCCUGCAGCGGAGCAUCACGCUCUUCAACGGUGUGGCCAUAAUCGUGGGCACGAUCAUUGGUUCGGGCAUCUUCGUGACGCCCACCGGCGUGCUCAAGGAGGCGGGCUCGCCCGGACUGGCGCUGGUGGUGUGGGCCGUGUGCGGGGUCUUCUCCAUCGUGGGCGCGCUCUGCUACGCGGAGCUGGGGACCACCAUCACCAAGUCGGGGGGCGACUACGCCUACAUGCUCGAGGUGUACGGCUCGCUGCCCGCCUUCCUCAAGCUCUGGAUCGAGCUGCUCAUCAUCCGGCCGUCUUCGCAGUACAUCGUGGCGCUGGUCUUCGCCACCUACCUGCUCAAGCCGCUCUUCCCCAGCUGCCCGGUGCCCGAGGAGGCCGCCAAGCUCGUGGCCUGCCUCUGCGUGCUCCUGCUCACGGCCGUGAACUGUUACAGCGUGAAGGCCGCCACCCGGGUCCAGGACGCCUUCGCCGCCGCCAAGCUCCUGGCGUUGGCCUUGAUCAUUCUGCUUGGCUUCAUCCAGAUUGGGAAGGGUGACGUGUCCAAUCUGGAUCCUACGGUCUCGUUUGAGGGCACCAAGCUGGACGUGGGGAACAUUGUGCUGGCAUUGUACAGCGGCCUCUUUGCCUACGGGGGAUGGAACUACUUGAAUUUUGUCACAGAGGAGAUGAUCAAUCCCUACAGAAACCUGCCCCUGGCCAUCAUCAUCUCCCUCCCCAUCGUCACCCUGGUGUACGUGCUGACGAACCUGGCCUACUUCACCACACUGUCCACGGAGCAGAUGCUGACGUCGGAGGCUGUGGCCGUGGACUUCGGGACCUAUCACCUGGGCGUUAUGUCGUGGAUCAUCCCUGUCUUCGUGGGCCUGUCCUGCUUCGGCUCCGUCAAUGGGUCCCUCUUCACGUCCUCUCGGCUGUUCUUCGUGGGGGCCAGGGAGGGCCACCUGCCCUCCAUCCUGUCCAUGAUCCACCCCCAGCUCCUGACGCCCAUGCCGUCCCUCAUCUUUACGUGCAUCAUGACCCUGCUGUACGCCUUCUCCAGAGACAUCUUCUCCGUCAUCAACUUCUUUAGCUUCUUCAACUGGCUCUGCGUGGCCCUGGCCAUCGCCGGGAUGCUGUGGCUUCGCUACAGGAAGCCCGAGCUGGAGCGGCCCAUCAAGGUGAACUUGGCCCUCCCGGUGUUCUUCAUCCUGGCCUGCCUCUUCCUGAUUGCCGUCUCCUUCUGGAAGACCCCUGUGGAGUGUGGCAUCGGCUUCACCAUCAUCCUCAGCGGCCUGCCCGUCUACUUCUUCGGGAUCUGGUGGAAAAACAAGCCCAAGUGGCUCCUCCAGGGCAUCUUUUCCACGACGGUCCUCUGCCAGAAGCUCAUGCAGGUGGUGCCCCAGGAGACGUAAGCCAGAAGGACCAAGAAGCUGCCAGAAAGAAAACGCACAAAGAUGGUGUUGAAACAUCUCAUCACCUUGAAAAGUGACUCCAGUCCUGUCUUCCAGGCAGCUCAGCUGAGCGCCCCGCACCGUCCCUCCACCGGGUCAGGGGGCUGGGGCCCCAGUGAAAACUGGUACGACUUUAGUCCCAGAAAGCGAACUUCUGUCUUAAGCUCCGUGAGUGUAGCACCAAGAAGAGGCCGGGCCCCUGACCCUCCGCAGGCUGUUUGCCACCUUGGGCCCUUCUCUUUUCAGCCUUUGUUUAUUUGUAUUAUUUUUUUAACUUAAGUUUUGGGUCAAGUUGACGCCACCAAGAUGAUUAUUUUCUAAAGAAAUGAGGGGGAGUGGGGAGAGUUUUUCCCUCCACCCCCUGCAGCAUGAUGUGCCUCCGAGGGACCAGGUCGUGUUGCGGAGCGUGGCACCCGGCCUGGCCCGGCACAGGCCCCCUGGAAGGGAGGGGUUCUGAGCGCCAGACACUCCAGUCCCACGAGCAGAGCCACCAAGACUCAGGCCUCGCUGUGUGGCCUCUGAGUUGCACUGACAGACAGACAGCUACCCAGACCACGUGCUUGGCUUUCUUUUGUUGUUGUUGUAGAUGUAGUGACUUUAGCAAAAACUAAUCUCGGGACUUAGGUCUCUUUGCCUUAAAGACCCAAGGGUAGAUCCCUCCCAGACCCCCCAGAAGAGAGCAGAGAAGGUCACCAGAACAGCUGCUUUCAGAGAGUGACAACGGCCCCGGCUCAGCGGAAGGCGGGUUCCUGCACCAGGUGUCUGCUGUGGGGGUGGGGGGGGCUCAAGCAGAGGUCACAGGCACCCAGACCAUCCCAAGCUCCCACCCGCGUGCACCACCCAGGAUGUCAGAGCAGGGUCAGCAUCUGGGCUAGACCCCGGUCACCCGGGACGCACUGGGCUUCUGGUUUCGUACAUCGCACCCUGGACACCCGCGUGAGCGGAGGCACAAUGGCAGGAGGACUCGGGUUUGGGCUGUGGGUCGCACGGACUCCGGGCUGUUCCACAUCCAGUACUGGGACUGACCAAGAGUUGUUGCUGGCAAAGACUCACACGAAAUCUAGAACAAACCAGGCAAGAAUGGCAGACACCAUGAUGGGGAGUCCUCAAGGACUUCCAGCUGGCUAGUCUCUCAAGAUAACCCCCCUCCCUGGGCCUGAAGAACUGACCCCAGCAAGCCGUCUGGAGCUGGCUCCGUUUCCUGGUGGGGGAGCCCCCCUUCCACCUGCACGGUCCACGCCCCCGCCCCCCAGGCCAGACUCCACUGCUGGGCUCUCACUGUACCUGCCCCCGGGGCUGUCCUGACUCCUCCGGCUUUUGUCUUUGUGGUGCCCGUGGUGCUUUCCUCAGGGGUGGCCGCGGAGGUCGAGCUGAGCCCUUGGGCAUCGGGCUGCAGCCGGAGGAGCUGCUUCAGCCCCCCAGGGCCACGUGAGCUUGGCGUGGCCAGCCUGCCGCCAUCGAGCCAACCAGCCUCCAGGACCCAGAGCAACCUGAAAGUGGCUCAGGAGGCCGAGAAGGCGGCCCGUUGUUCAUCUUCCUGCUUUGUGCCUGAGCACAGUGCUGGCUCUGGGAGGGAUGCAGGGAGCCAAGGGGCCCUGGCAGCCUUCCCGUGGCGGCCUGCUCCAGCAGCCUGCAGGUGGGUGUGGGGAACCGGGGCGUGGUCACCCCUGCGGGGAUGGAUGGGGGGCCGGCGUCUCCUCUCACGCAGGCAGGUCACAGGCCUGCUGUGAAGGCAGGUUGGCGGCCCAGGCUGCCGUUCCUGGAGCCACGCCCCCCCAACCCAGCCCAGGGGCCCCCUCCGACGGCGCCCCAGACACCAGGCACACUUCCAUGGUGGCGUUCUGGGCAAGGCAGAGACUCUGCUUUUUCUGACCACUCUCUACUGACAGGUGUCCUGCGCAUGUGUAUCUGUUGGGCUUCAUUUAUUUAUUUUUUUUUUAAAGCAAACCGUGUUGUAACCAGCAAAUGUUUGCUCAUGGGCCUGUUGUUUUAUCCAGGCCUAAUGUGUCACUAACUUAAAGGAUGCUGUUGGCACCGUGUGUAUUUAUUUGCGGGGUUGACGGCCACCCUUGCUGGUGCACGGCAUUCCCGCUGUCCUGGUGUCUCCGUGGGUCCUGGCCACGGCAGCCCAGCCGGGACACCUGCUGCAGAAUGGUGUGUGUGCGGCCUAACGUCUCUUUCUCUUUUCCCGUCAAUGGCUAAACUGUUGACUCGGCUGGUUCAGGGUGGGGAGUCUGGGGUUUUUGUGUGUGGGGUUUUUCGUUGAUUUUUGAAGAAAAACAAUCAGAAUCUUAAGUACUA